AUGCAUCUCCUCGGUCGCCACCUCCCCGACCACCAGCUCAUCGGCUACGCCCUCAAGGCGUUUUACGGCCUCUCGCACCACACCUCCCGCCGUCUCCUCGCGCGCAUCUCCAUUCCCGAGCGUGCCCUCGUCUCCGAGCUCACCGAAACCCAAAUCACCGCGCUGAGCGGUUUCCUCUCGUCCCCCUCGACCGCUCCUCGCGCGGCGUCCACUCCCCUUGCGCCUCCCCUCUUUGGCGCUGCGGCUGCGUCGUCGUCGCGCGUCCCGCACCCGAGCGACGCCGAGCUCCAGGCUGCCAUCCUCGCCGACCCGCUCAACACCCUCCUCAUCGAGUCGGACCUCCGUCGCUCGCGCAACGCCGACAUUGCCCACCACCGCCAGAUCGGCACCUACCGCGGCCGUAGGCACGCCAUGGCUCUUCCUGUCCGCGGACAGAACACGCGUACCAACGCACACACCGCCAAGCGUCUGAACAGGCUUGUCCGCAGGGCUUACAGCACAUCUCCCAUCCUCAACAUGCUCGCGGACGCAGAGGUGCCCCAGCCCCCGUCCGAGAUCCUCAGGUUGCUCGGCAAGCAGUAG